AGGAAAUUUUGCACGUCAUUAGAGUGCGAAAAGUUGACCGUCAACAGAUGUGACGGAGGCUAGAAAGCUUUCGCUUUUAUUUUGGUUUGCUACGGUCUGUCACAAUACUACGCUUCAUAUACACAGUCAACGGCGCACGAACUACCGGCCGCUUAUCACUAUGGCUUUCUCUCCUUGUGAAGGCUACUACAAUACCGGAGAUCAGAGCAGGUUCGAGAAUAUGAUGAAAUUGUUGCUGUUCUUAGAAGCAGAACUUCAACUGAAAGAGGAGAUUAUAGAAUUGUUGCUGGAGGACGAACGAAUUCAGGAUAUUCUCAAUGAAAAAUUAACUCUGUUAAACCGGAAAGAGCAACACAACCCCGUCCUAGCCUUGGGGCGAGACAACGUCUAUGAGGAAGAACUAUGGGAAGAACAUUUUGAUGAGUGGGAGUCUGGUAAGGACUCCUCGUUUGAUCACUUGGUCAAGAGUAAUGCCAGUCAGUUGUGUGCAGUUGCUGCCAUGAGAACGGUAGAAAUGGCGCAGAUGCAGCAUGAAAAGUACAUCAAGACUUACAAGUCUCUUCAGAAAACUGGCAGGAGUUACAAGAAGUUGAAGCAGCAGUUAACUGCAAAGGAAACCAAAGUUGAAGUUAAGGAGACGAUUCGGGAACCUGAAUCAGACUGGCAAAUCCGUGAGCUCGAAAUGAAAAUCGGAGAACUGUAUCUUCAAAUCGACAGUGAACGAGAGAGGAACAAAGAACUAGAGAGGAAAAUCGAAGAACUUAACUCAUCGAUCAACAAGGAACGAAGGAGGUGCAAAAAAGUUAUCGAAACGUUGGCCAACGAGGUUGAAAGGCUCACAAAUCUAGUGAAAGCACAGGGACGAAAUGGACACCAUUCAAAUGGAUUUAAAAUGAACCACGACAGACAGGAAUCUACUAAAGUGGGUUCUAAUAAUCAUAUGAAGACUUUUUCCAUAUCAAACAACAAUGAACUUAAACAGUUUUGCGUGCUAUAGGAAGAAACCUUCCUGUCCUCGGCUCUGACACCUUUUACAAAUGAGAGUACCAUUUUCAGCAAUCACGUUGGCACAGAGAUCGUAACUUAGCCCCGGGAAGAUCCAAGAACAUAGGAGGGAAAUUCGUGACGAACCGUAAGAGCGUUUGCGUAAGAUAAUAAAGACCCAAAAGCUCUCAAAACUAAGGUUUAAAAAUCCUACUAAAAUCCCCCAACUAGGCUAAUCGGAUUAGUUGUUGCCGUGGCAAUCAAGGGUUUGCUUUUGUUUCUGCUACUUAUCACUGAAUAGGGCAAGCUGCUCAAGUGGAAUGGUUUUUUCACCUUCAAUCGACAACUCUACACGUCGGGCCCUGUGUUACUCACGUUUCGCGUAAAAGUUUGAAACCAUACGUUAACUAAACAUCGCUUGCGUGCAAACUUUAACCUGGUGAAUAAAUUCAUUUUGUUAAAAGUG